UCAGUGACUUCGUGUACUCUCGCAUAAAAUAACCUAAGAUAGAAAACAUUUUUUUUUAUUGUUGUUCUUUUGUGAAAAGAAAACGCCAUCAUGUUUAAGAUUUUGUACCUGGUCUGUGCCAUGUUUGCGUGGUGCGAAGGGAUUCUCGUGAGUGGUUACAACGGAGGAACAGCAACCGGUCACACGGUUUCUUAUAGUGAUUACGAAGGCCUCGAUGGGGGAUAUGCUGGAUCUUCGGAUUACGAGGGACAUGCUGUUCUACCAACUAUUGCAGUUCCGGUGCACGCGGUCUCGGCCGCACCGUUACACGCCGAUUCAUCCUUCGAUCAUACUUUCCAUUCCUACAAACAGCAUCACGCCGACAAGGACCACGACUAUUACUCGCACCCUAAAUACACCUUCAACUAUGGUGUACACGAUCCUCACACUGGCGAUGUAAAGACCCAACACGAAGUCCGUGACGGUGAUGUAGUUCACGGUUCUUACAGCGUCAACGAGCCCGAUGGAAGUGUACGAAUCGUCGAGUAUACUGCAGACGAUCAUAAUGGAUUCAAUGCUAUAGUUAAAAAGGUUGGACCAGCUAUUCAUCCUAAACCCGUACCAAUUGCUAAAUACGUUUCAUCGCCAGCAUAUUACAAUCAUUACGAUUAGAUACGGUGAUUAUUAUUAUUUUUAGACGAUUAAUUAAAAUAUUGUUUAUUUAAUUUUAUUCACAGUCCGCAAUGUCCUUGUAAGGAAACAAAACAUUACAUAAUUUUCUUUAAUUUGUUCUAUUUUCCAUUUCUUUCUCUCUUUUUCUCACUCUUUUUCUUCUUUCUGUUUUGAAUGUACCUCAAUUCGCGCCAAAUGUUUUAACGGGCGUCCGCCAUAUUGACUACUCGAGUAGAGUUCUCCUCGUGUAAUGUUGUAAAUGUAACGAGCGUUUAAACUAUCCGUCUGAUAUGAUCAAAUAUUAAUGUAAGAUCAUACGAAAGUAAUUUUCUCAUGCCGAAUAAAAGAUUAAAUUAUAUAUUUAUAUAGAAAUAUUA